GUUCUUUUCUUUCCUAAGUGGUUGUAUCAUACAUCCGAGAUUUGUCACGUCUCUUAUUACUCUCUCUCAUACUAGUUACGGAAAUAGUUGAGAUUUGAAAUUGCACACUUGGAUCUAUAUCCGUUGAUGACUUGUCAUGACUUUUCUUUAUGAGCGACCAGAUUCCGAGCCCUCGAUGUUUGUUUCCAGUCAAAGCCAUAGUACCACUAGGUCCCUCAGUUAUGUCUUUCCUCACAGGAGAUUAGCGACGAUACUACUUAACGUAUUCGUGGUCUGUAUAUUUCCUAAGAAGGUUCCAGGCAGCAGAGACCUUUUCCAAAUCCUUGGCAAGGUUACGUAUACUGGUAAGAGGACCAGGAUGCUCGGGACCAAGCACCUUCUCUGACCCGGCCAGAUCCCAUCGAUGUAGAGGACUCAUA